CACACAUUAAAGAGGACCAGGAGUUCACAUCCACUCCUGUCCCUGUGAAGAGUGAAGAUGAUGAAGAGAAACCUCAGUCCUCACAGCUUCAUCAAAGACACACUGAACAGGUGGAAACAGAAACUGAUGGAGAGGACUGUGGAGGACCAGAACCAGCCAGGAGCUCAGAUCCAGAUACACAUUUACAACCUGAGACUGAUGACAGUGAUGAUCAGUGGACAGAGACCAGAGAACCUCAGUCAGGUUUAAAAUCUCUGAAAAGUGUUGAGGACACUGUCAGUGGCAGAACUGGUGAGAAACCACUUAGCUGCUUUGAGUGUGGGAAAGGAUUUGGCAAUCUUCAAAUUCUGAAAGUACACAUGAGAAUUCAUACUGGAGAGAAACCAUUCAGCUGCUCUGAGUGUGGGAAAAGAUUUAGUCAAAGAGGUAAUCUGCAGCGACAUUUGAGAUCUCAUACAGGAGAGAAACCAUUCAGCUGCUCUGAGUGUGGGCAAAGAUUUUACCGCAAGACACAUCUGCAGGACCACAGAAAAUAUCAUACAGGAGAAAAGCCUUUUAGUUGCCCGGUUUGUGCGAGAUAUUUUAUGGAGAGUGGAACUUUACAGUCACACAUGAGAAUUCAUACAGGAGAGAAACCUUUCAGCUGCUCUGAGUGUGAUAAAAGAUUCCUUCGCAAGCAAACCUUAGAACAUCACAUGAGAACCCACACAGGAGAGAAACCUUACACCUGCUCAGUUUGUAAAAAACAUUUUUCAAGGAGUGGAAAUUUACACUCACACAUGAGAAUCCACACUGGAGAGAAAUCCUUCAGCUGCUCUGAGUGUGAUAAAAGAUUCCUUCGCAAGCAAACCUUAGAACAUCACAUGAGAACCCACACAGGAGAGAAAACUUUCAGCUGCUCUGAGUGUGAUAAAAGAUUCCUUCGCAAGGAAACCUUAGAACAUCACAUGAGAACCCACACUGGAGAGAAACCUUACACCUGCUCAGUUUGUAAAAAACAUUUUUCAGAGAGUGGAAAUUUACACUCACACAUGAGAAUCCACACUGGAGAGAAACCCUUCAGUUGCUCCGUUUGUCAAAAAAGUUUUUCAAAGAGUGGAAAUUUACAUGAACACAUGAGAACUCAUACAGGAGAGAAACCUUACAGCUGCAGUGUCUGUCAGCAAAGAUUCACUUGGCCUCACCAACUCAGAAACCAUCAGUGUGUUGGGUGUCAGUCCUCACAGCCUCAUCAAAGUGAAAUGGAGGAGAACAGAGAGGCAGAGCCUCCAGCCAGCAGCUCAGCUCAACAGAUGGAAAUAGACUCUGAUGGAGAGAACUGUGGAGGACCAGAACCAGCCAGGAACUCAAAACCAGAUACACAUUUACAACCUGAGACUGAACACUGGUGAUGAGUGGAAAAAGGUGCUGAGUAUGACAACACAUUUGUCCACUAUGGUCUGAAGAGGCAUCUGAGGAUUCAUACAUUAAGUUGCUCAGUUUUUGAUACAAGAUUCCUCUGGAAGAAAAAUUGAGUCACAUGAGAUUUUGGCUCGUUCAGGAGAAACCCUUUUGCUGCUCAUUUUGUAAAACACAUUUCACACUGAGUGCCCACACUGUUACACUCAUGAGAAUCAACACAGGAGAAACCCUUCAGCUGCUUACUGUGUGGGAAAAUUUUUACACAAUAGUUUUCACCAGGCAGUCACAUGUCAAAGGUCAUAAAUGUGUCUUUGACAGCAGCAGCGGUAAAACUGCUGGUUCAGAUGAAACUUUUAGCUUUGAUGAAACUCUGGAGUAACAAAGAGCUGAAACAGUUGUUGACAUGUCUAAAACGAGAACAGUUUUCUUGUGAGCAAACAGCAUUUAGAGUUCUGAUCCUGGUUUUUAUUGAUGUCUCAUAACUUAUUUAUAGUUUUGCUUGGUUUUAUUUUCUGUAGGCAUGAGAUGCUAACUGAAUGAUACAGUUGACUUGGUUGCUGAAGUUUGAAUGAUGAUAAGUUAAUGUUUUCACAGACUGAUCUGAUUCUAUAUGAUAAUAUGAUGUAUUUUUAUAGGCUUUGCAUAUUGUGUAUAUCAAUCUAUUUUGGUUAUAUUUACAAGAAAGAAAAAUGAAUGUUAUUUCUUACA